UAUAAAGUGAACUAUAAAGCUGGUUUCCUCUCUGCUCUGCAAUCUAGGAGAAAACCUUUCUCCCAAGGACAAAUCAGGUGCUGUUUUUCAACCCUAAACUUUCAGCCAAGAAUGAAACUAUUUAGAAGUUAAGAUGACAACAGAUCACGAAGAGCCCUGUGGUCCUAGUCACAGGUCAUUCUGCUUGAAUGGAGGACUUUGUUAUGUGAUACCUACUAUUCCCAGCCCGUUUUGUAGAUGCAUUGAAAAUUAUACAGGUGCUCGUUGUGAAGAGGUUUUUCUCCCAAGCUCCAGUAUCCAAACUAAAAGUGACCUGUUCACAGCUUUCGUGGCAUUGACUGUUCUUCUAGGAACUCUUAUCCUUGGAGCCCUCUACUUCCUCUGCAGGAAGGGCCAUCUUCAGAGGGCCAGUUCAGUCCAGUAUGAUAUCAACUUGGUAGAGACAAGCAGUACCAGUGUCCACCACAAAUGACUAUUUCAAGUCAGAAGAGGCCUGUGGGGUCAACAGUGUAGUCUUAUUUUACAAAUAAAGGCUGCUAAUCUCAGGAAAGCGACUGGCCCAGGACAUCUUAGCAGACUCGACCCACCUCUCUUGACUCUCAGUUUUAAGUUUUAGAAACCUGAAGACUUCUAAUCUCUCCCCUUCCCACUGUUUUCUAAGCUCUAGACUCUUUUACAGUUGCCGACUAGGCACCACCCUCGUUCAGCCAGCGCAUACCCGGUGCUUUCAACGUCUCCCUCCAGCGGUCUUGUUCUACAGCCGACCACGCACACACACACUCAUCUAGAAACCAGACCCACUUCCCUCCACCCAACUCAGAGAACAAGUCCACCGCAGCCCAGGCUGGCUGCCUGUCAAGGCAGACAGGUCUCUAUCAUGUACCGGAAGGAAGGUUCAAACGCCACGCCACUCAAAAUUGAGAGGCCUAAGAUUCACGAGCCUGAGAAGAUGACCACCCAGCUCAUUUUGAGGUAAAUCCUGGCACUGCCUUCAGUCCUGCCUCUGGUGAAACAAGGGGGUCCUCUACUCGGUACAAGUGUCUCAGAACGUUCAACUUCAAGAAAGCAGGCUAGCCAUCUUCCCAGCUCUGAUGUUUGCUGGGCAGAUGACACACUCAACCAGUGAGCUCCAGGUCCCUGUUCCUGGAAAUCCAGCGUGAGACGGAAGUCACAGCAGACAGUGCCUGAAGGGCACGUGGGCCAGCCAUUCCCUUGGCAGCCCCAAACACGGUUCGAUCACACACAGUGCUCAGUGCCCAGGCCUCACUGGCUUGGAUCCUACCACUGCUAU